AUGGCUGAAGACUUGGAGGAGGUUGCCCACAACAUCGACGAUAUUUCCAAUAAUCUUCGAAGCAGAGGACUAGGUGUUAUUUCUGAAGCUUAUGAACAAUACCAGAAAGAAGUGGCCCGGGCUGAGGCCCUAGCGUUUAAAGGAGAGGCUGGGCUGAUGGUGAUGGAGAAGAUCCGGGAGUUGGAGCUGAUUUUUGCCAAAAUUACCCAGAAUGACGUGAAGGACUUGCCGAUGUUUAUGAAAGACUCGGAAGCUUUGAAGAAAACGGCUGCUUUUGCCGCGUUGAACGCCCAGAACAUCCGUUUCGGUGACUACAAAGAGAGUGUCACCAUGGACGAGUUUACCACGGGAGCCAUGAAGUUCAUGAACCCAGAGUAUGAAGAGUCUUCAGAACGACAAAAUGAAGAGGUUGUGCUUAAUGACCAGAAGAGCGCAAAUGAGCUUUUCAACUCCUUUGACUGGUCCAAACUAGGGGUCCUCUUUGCCCUGAGCAGAAAGAUGCUACCUUCACAGUUUCUCUAUGGACCGUUGGCCACACAGAGAAGACGAUUAGGUCCACGUACGAGAAAUGUUGAUGACACAAUUGGCACUCAGGAUAAAACUACAGCACAAAAGGUGUCCGUUGAGGAUAUCCACACAGACCCCGAACAGAGCACCUCGCAUAUGGUGCGUAGCAUAUACCGCCAGUUGGUUGAGAAGAGCGGGGAGGAGAAGCUCAACUUUCAUGUUUUCUUUCUCAAUCCACAUUCUUUUGCUCAGCUGGUGGAGAACUUGUUCUACAUAAGUUUCCUCGUGAGAGACGGUAAGAUACGCUUGGACAGCGACGAAAAUGGACCAUACGUGGAGAUUUUGGACGAAGAAGACACUGCCGAUGACAGUGUGCCUAUCUCUCAUCACAUUGCAACUUUUGAUUUCCCUACAUGGCGUCUGUUGGUUGAAAAGUACAACAUCACCGAACCGUUUAUUUCGCAUAGAGACGUUCCUGAGGAUACGGAGCCGCCAGCCAGCCCGUAA